AUGGCUACCAUCGAGCCACGGCUAAUGCACUUGUUGAACGACCCCAAGGCCAACCAGUUCCCUCCUCCUGACCUACCCCCGAUCCAAGGCAUUCCCUUCUCCAAGUCUUCCGGCCGAUCUCUUCCGCCCCUCGAACCAGAUGCCGGCCUGGGAAGCGACAAGGCCAUUCCAAAGUCACAGCGACCCUCGCAGCAGCAGAUUCCCCCCAUAUACUCUCUAGCCGAUGAGGGCACCUCAAGACAGUAUCCUCGAAAUGAAGGCGACUAUCUCAAAGAGAGGCCUAGGCAGUCUUCUGGUCAUCCUCUGCGUAUGCUGCUAGAUGAUCCCGACGUUAACGAAUCGACCCAUUCUCUCCGCCUCAUACUAGACGACACUAGUGAGAUCACCGAGGAUUCGUCGAACAAAAAGAGACAUCGAGCCCUCACUGUCAAGGAAGACUUCGUCCAGUUGCCACAGCCUUUAAAAAAGCAAAAGUCGAGCCAGAACGUUGUCCCUCCCAUUAUCAAUGGCCUCCACGAUCCACCCGCCAAUGCAAAUGCAGCAGUCUUCCCUCCUAUCUCCUCGGGGUCUUUCGACGAUAACGAGAAAAUCAACCUCAACCCGCUGAAGGAUUUCAGCGUGGUGGAAGAUCGAGUUGCUUCCAACUCCAGCACACCUAUCGAAGCCGACAAGUCAGCUGCGGCGAAGAUUAAGAGACGGGCUGCAAAGCCCCGGCGGAAGUGGUCUGAGGAGGAGACGAAUCACCUACUUCUCGGUGUUAGUCGCCACGGCGUGGGAAAAUGGACAAAUAUCCUCGAAGAUCCUGACUUCAAGUUCAAUGAUCGUACUGCUGGCGACCUUAAAGAUCGCUUCCGAACCUGCUGUCCAGAUGAGUUCCGAGGCUCGUCCGGAAGCAAGAAUCCCAUCCAGACCAAGAUAGCAACCCAUGCCUCUGAGGCGAAAUCAAAACUAAAAGCAAAGACUGCCUUGCUAUUGGAGAAUAUCCUCGCUGAGCCAGAAGAGCCACCCGAGCGAGAAAAGACCCAAUCGUCUCAGCCAGACUCGGACUCCGCCCCAAAGCAAAGAAAGAGCAGAGCUCAUCGUAAAAAAAUUGAGGAUCUAGAGAACCUAGGAAUCCGUGGCCCUUUCAAGAAGUCUCAUCGUCGUGAGCGACGGCCUUUUACUGAGCAAGAUGAUAAAGAGAUCCUCGAAGGCCUCGAUCAAUACGGGCCGGCAUGGACCAAAAUUCAGAGAGAUCCCAGAUUUAAUCUCUCGACUCGUCAACCAACUGAUUUGAGAGAUCGGGUCCGCAACAAGUAUCCCGACAUCUACACUAGAAUCGAAAAAGGAAGCUUUCAGGUUAAGGAACCUGGUCGCGGCAGUAACCUUCUUGAGCCUUCUGUCAGUACGACGAUAGAGACCUCAUUCGGCCCAACCAAAUCCGGCCCGCUUGAGCCUCAGUUGAACCGCACAAGUUCCAAAGAGAGCAUGCCCAAAUGGCCACUGUCGUCAAACCUCCUAGAAUCUGCCGAAUCUUUGCCAGGAUCACAAGGAUUCAAUUUGAAUGAAAGUUCCAAUUCUGCCUUCAUCGGGAGCGUAGGCGAUAUGGACAUCUCUCGUCUGCUGCUCGAUGAUUCGCAGAUUUCCACUGAUAAUUAA